AUGGGGAAACUGGUGCUGAGGUAUCGUCUCCGAGGGCUCGCGAAGGCGAAAGCUCCUCGUAUUGCGACUGUCGAGAGUAUCCCCGAGCGCGACUCGCGACAGCUGGAAAUGAACGAGCUUCGCGAGAUUUACAACAACAACAACAUCAACAAUAAUAACAACAACAACCACCAUUAUCACCACUAUCACCACCAUCACCCACCACCAUCACCACCCACCACCAUCACCACUACCAGCACACAGUGGCAAUCGUCGCGCAGAUUGCUGGGCGAUUUUCUGGGUGUUACAGACUACGAGACUAACAAGGCUGCCUUCUGGUUCUUGGAUACCAUCGCGCUUCAAGUUCUUCGCUACAGAGAUAAUCUGGACGAUCAUUAUAGAAGUGUUUUAAUUAGCUGGCUAGCCGGCGAGAUGAAAUUAAUUCGAGAUAAAAAACUCCUCCGCGAGUAUUUUUUCGAGGAAAUGAGAACGUUGUUCCUCCGCGUCGCUGAGAAAAUAUCUGCCGGCGAUCAAUUGUUGCAUUGGGAAUUGCUCAUCGACGAAUGUUCUAAUGUUCUUCCCGACCAUCUCGCUAUCGACGAGUCCGCUGCGAGUGGAGCGAAAUAUUUAAUUACGAACAAAUUGCCCGAAGAAUUAGCGACAGAGGAUGCUGAACGCGCGUCCCGAGAAAACCAGCUCUCUUCCGCUCAGGAGAACUUGCAGGAUCGAAAUCACAGAAACAGACACAAAAAAGGCUCAUCUCUUCCGUCCUUGAGCAGGUACGCUAACGAAUUACGGUACGCUCUCGUGUACGCAGUUUUCGUAACGCAAAUAGAAAUGCAUACCUUUUAUAUGCCGCGCACCUUCCGAGUACCGCGCGAAAUUAAACUCGCGGAAGCUCCGUUCGACGUGCAGCUUCGCGAACGAUUAGAAAAGAGGGCCGUCGAGCUAACAACCGGCAUCCGCAACGGCAAAAGACAAACGAGAACGACCAUCAGAAUAAAUAACCAAACGAUUGACGAGUUAAAAGCAACAGCUCCCCGAACACCGCCGUCUUCCUUGCACGAGGACGAAGUAUUAGCCGACAAUCGACGGUUCAUCCUACCGUUGAUCGAGGCGAAGGAAGCCGCACAGAUCUUUGAGACGCUCACAGGGAAUAUGUGACGAGAAGCGAAAGGAACGAGCACACGACACUGGGGAAACAAUUUGGAAUUUUAUUUGCAAAAGUACAACGUCACUCCGUGAUUAUCGCCGUGCCCCAUUCGCGACACUUAAAUCUCUUCACUGUUUUAGGAUCGAGCGUUCCGAUAUUCAAUCGAACGAAUUUACGUGGAUUGUCCAAAUUCUGUUGAAGUACCCCCAGCUGGCCGUACUUGUUAGUGCCGCAGCCCCAGAAGGAUCCGUCGUCUAAAGGUAGAGACGAAGACGUCACUUUGUGAUGGGAAAUGUAAUUUUCGUCGCGACGCACUUAACGUAUACCUGUCUAGCUAUAUUACCUGUCAAGCAAAUUGUAAAGGCGUUUCCGCAUUCGACGCUCUUCACAUUAAUUUCUGAAUCUUCACUUUUGUUAGUUUUGAGAUCUAUUAGAGUUGGAACCGCGUGCACCUUCGUGUCCUCGCUUUCGAUUCCCAAUUCUCCGUUCGUGUUCCAUCCCCAGGUGUACAGAUCGCCCUAUCGGGUGAGACGAUUGUUAAGAGUUAUGGCUAUACAAUACACAGUGAAAUUGAUCGGUUUCGACGAAAUUUUCUGACUUGAUCGGUCACCACUGCGCUGUGCCAUCCACCUGCCGAUAUGUGUACGACCCUCAGACCUGCCAGGGCCUCGAUCAGCCUCGGGUUAUCGCAAUCCUCCAAGUCGUUGUGCCCUAACUGACCGCGUCUGUCACGAAUCAUAAUAUUUCCGAGAGUUUAUUAACAAUUCGCGCGUAACUGCGCGUAAGAGCAAUGUUACAUACGUUCCCAUUCCCAUCGAAUAAACGUCGCCGUUCUCCGCCAGCAGAAUAGUGUGGUCGAAACCACUGGCAAUGUCGGUAAAUUUGACUCUCUUCGGUAUCUCAACCAAGAUUGGAACGUUGAAAACGCGUCCUCGACAAGCAAAAAAAGAUCUUCGUUAAAAAUAUAUUGCUCGACGACAGUUUGAAGUUUAGAGUGAAUUAUAGAUUCAUUUGAAUAAAAAAACGGAAAGAUCCGUGUCGCUUCUCAUUUACAUACCUAAAUUAGUCAAUACCACUGUACAUCCCGCUUGUGACAUUUUGAUAGCAUAUUCGGUUUGUAAGUUAUCAUUGCUCAGAAUAAAAGGCGUCACUUUUUGCCAAGAGUCGUCAUACAUUUUAUAUUUCCAGAUUUCGUUACGCGCUGACAAAAUAAUUACGUUGUCCCGACCAGCGAUAGCUAUUUUGCAACUGUACAAAGUUAAUGAAGUAAUAAAAAUAACAAAUCGCUGCCCUAUUAUAAAAUUACUUGCAUGUUAAUUCUUUAGAUAAAUCGAAGGCCUAAACAAUGAAAUAUUUAAUAUCCAUUACCUCCCUGAUGAUUCCUGUGGAAUCUGUAUUAAACGAGGACCGUUUCUCUCGUCAUUUUCGUUCUCACUGAUCUUUCCAGUGAUAUAUAAUUCAGUGCCUCGCCAUAAAAGAAAAUAAUUCCAACCUAUCUCGAUAUUUGUUAUUUCAGAAAAUGGAAUCUCGGUCAAUUGUGAUAUUGAUGUGAUGAUUCCAUCCUGACACGUAAACAGGGGACUAGCGUUGAAGCCAGUAUAAUACACCCGCAUAUUUCUGUAAGUGAUAAAUAUGAAAUUGUGUAAUGUAGCAGUACGACAUUAUUUGGUUGAAUUUAUUAAAACUAUCCACGUGAUAUAUUUUGACGAAAUAUUCAUUCUUUGUGCACGAAUUCAUCGAUUUAAAAAAUAAAAAGAAAAGAAAACAAAA